GGCGGCACGCGCCGUGAGCAGCGGUGCGUUGCUGCGGGCGCGGUGAGCUGCCGGCAGCGUGGAGCUGCGUGGGGUCCUCCGCCGCCGCAGUGCCCCUCUCCGAGUGUUUGUGUCUGUAUGAAACUGGGGGAGGAAACGUUUUUAAUUAUUUUCAGUUUGUGGAUAGAUUUCUCUUCUCCUCCGCACCCCCCAUGGAGUCAUACACUUGCUAGCGCGGUUGAGAUCCUGUGGGAACUUUGAAAUCUCCGUUUCACACAAGUAACAUCAGAAAUGAGCAUCCGGCUGUAAAUUGGUCAUCUGUUGCACAGAAUGUGCACGUUUUCUGCCCUUGGCAAGCUUAGCAUUACAGCUCAAAACAUUUUAGUUCCGAUUCUAGCAGCUCUAUUGAGGUGCCUCUGAUGAAAAUACUCAAGUCAGGAGAUUUUACUCAUUCUCUGCUGUCACAGAUUAGAGUUUUCCUCUUCUGUUAGUGUUAAGUAACGGGACAGUUGACAGAAUAUAAACUCUUUAUUAUGCUUUCAGUGAAUGUGUUUGAUAGCAAUAUUGGAAGGCUAGUAAUGGCCAAAGUCCUUGCUUAGGUAUUUGGGUGUGACCUUGCUAUUGAUUAAGCUAAACAAGUACUGGUAAUAGAAAUUUUUCUGAUAAUCUGUAUCAUAGACAGGCUUAAAUUGUUAGGCAAGAGGAGUGCUUUAAAUACAGGUGUGAGGAGGUGGGAAAAUAUUUCCGUUAUAGUAUGGCAUAGCUGGUAAGUUGUUCACUGCACUUUUUGUUUGAGGUGGGUGGCCACUAAUAUCAGAGUCUAAACUGAAUCAUAACUGAAACAGGUUUUCUGAGAAUAAAGGUUUUAACCUCAAUUUUUCAUUGGAAGGUCCUUUAAAAUAAAAUGGUGCUGUGGUAGAGGAAAUUGAUGCAGUAGUAGAGGAAAAAGCACAUCUAACGUAGAAGCGCUGCCAAACUUCUGUACAUGGAGAUUUCUAGAAAUAAAAAUGGAGGUCAUCAGCAGUUUCAUCCCACAACUAACUCUCUCUAUGGAAUGUGUACAUUGGUUCAUUUAGCAUGCUUACUGCUGUGAAUUUCAGUGAUCGCCAUGGGCAUUAAAGGUUUGCAGGGGUUUGUGGCAAGAGUUUGCCCCGAUGGGUGCAGAAUGGUCGAUCUGAGAGAGGUGGCAGAAAAACAUCGCAUCGAUCAUCCUGGUUUCCCGCCUGUUAUCGUAGUAGAUGCCAUGUGUUGUGUUAAAUACUGGUACUCACCAGAAUCUUGGGUCUCUGGUGGCCAGUGGCGAGAGUACCUCGCCAGUUUAGAGGAUUUUAUUAAAGCUUUUAUGGCAGCUGGUAUCCAGUUGGUGUUUUACUUCGACGGAGUGGUAGAAGAGAAAAAGAGAGAUGAGUGGAUCAAACGGAGAUUGCAGAAUAACAGGGAAAUAGCCAGAAUAUUUCAGUUUCUCAAGACUCACAGGAAACAACCAGGGCGAGAAAUGUUCAUGAUUCCUUCAGCUUUGCCUACUUUUACACGUUUUGCCCUGAAGUCACUUGGUCAAAAAACAGUGUGCACAUUGCAAGAGGCAGACUUCGAGGUGGCUGCGUAUGGUUUGCAACAUAACUGUAUAGGAAUUCUUGGGCAAGAUAGUGACUACCUCAUCUAUAAUACAUGUCCCUACUUUUCCAUUGAGAAGCUCCGUUUGGACAGACUGGUCACUGUUAUGUACUCUCGAGAAGAUCUUUGCCAUACAUUGGGUCUUAGCUUGACACAUCUCCCUCUCUUUGCUUGCUUGGUUGGCAAUGAUGUUGUUCCAGAAAGAUUAUUGGAAGGCUUUUGGCAUAAAUGUUUAGUCAGCAGUCCUCACAAGAAUAACAGCUACAACAGAAGAGCAAACAUACUUCUAGCUGUAGCAAAUUACAUCUCAAAAGUUCCAUGUUCAUACAGCAGCCUGAGAAACUUGGAAGAGAUGCUACCUUUGGGAUCAGACAAGACAUUACUUUGCAGAGGAGUGGAAUCCUAUCUUUUGCCAGGGCAGCAGUCUCCAUGGAUUCCUCCCAACUUAACAAAUCGCCAAAAGUUCUCCUCUCAACAACAAACAGCGAUGUGUCAAGAUAUGGAAAUCUUUCAGUUAGCUAAAGAACAGCAUAUCCGAUCUGAAAAUUACGCAAUCUUCAAUAUCCUGAGUAAUGGAGAGAUUAAGUGCAGCAACUCUUUGGAAGAUGAAUGUGAUACAGAGAUUCCUGGACAGGCACUUAUCUACCGCCCUGCUCGUCAGCAUAUUUAUUCUGUCUUGUUGGAAUCUGGAAAAGGUGGAGCCUGUCCUUUGGUAAAAGAGUGGUUUGUCUACUUUGGAAAUCCUCUCCAGAAGCCAGAUCUAAUACAGCCUGUACGACCUUCUAUUCCAGGUGGAACACCUAAUUUGAAAACACUGUGGUUUGCCAAAGGAACUGAUGUAGAAAAGCAACGGUAUAGUACAUUUCUGGCAUGCUUUCAUCUUCAGGACAGGAUGGAAGAGCUCCAAGCUCUAGAAGCACCUGUAGCAGCAUUCUGCUGCUUGCUGACCUAUCUUAUGGCACAGGUCACUAGCCUCUCUCUGGAGGACUUAGAUGCAUUUGUGGCACUCAUUCUCUGCCUCAAAGGGAAGUCAGCUGCUCAACUGGCAGGUUUGCAGCUUGCAGAAGUGGACUCCAGAGCUGUACAUCUUGGUGCUGUCUUUCUUCGUGGCCUUACAACUUUGCUCAUGGCCAAUAGUGCCUGUGGUUUUCCAUUCAGAAUGGAUGAUUUGAUGCCAUGGGAAGUGUUUGAUGGAAAACUUUUUCAACAAAAAUACCAGCGGUCACACCAAGGUUGCUCUUUGGAAGAGCUUUUGGAAGGCAAUGACUCCUUGUAUGCACCCUUCCAAAAUCUGAAGUCUUUAAUUUGCAAGGCUUGCAUGGCUAAGAACAGAAAAAUACAGAGCAGACCAAGAGGGAAUGGAUUUUUUACAGGAACACAGCACAGAGAAUUUGAUCCCAGGUUCCAAGGAGCACAUGGAAGUUCUUUUGUUCCUCCAUACUAUAACCAGAUGGAGGGGUUCUUAAGAAGAAAUCCUCAACCACAAGCUAAAAAUAAACUGAGCACUAAGAACUAUGGAAAUCAUUGUGGAGUAUCAUGUAUCUCACUCUCUUCAGCAGUCCAACUGAUAAACACAGGUAGAGAAUAUAGAUUGGGACAUCCGGACCAGACAGGACGAUUCUACCUUCCUCCUUGGUAAAGAACCCACGUGCACAGAUCACCCAGGUGAACCUACUUGUUAGUGGAAGUGGAUGAAGAUUUAUAAAAGAACAAGAUACAUUUUUAUGAAAUGCUGUAUGCUGAAGAUCGUAAAAACUUCAUCAGUAAUUCAAGACUGGUGGUGGGAAGGCUCCAAUCAGAAAUUUGUCAAGCCUCAUUUUCAGUUCCAUUCUAUUUUGUAUACUUUUUUCCUAGCCUAUAGCUUAAAGAAGCAAAUUAUGGAACGUUGUGAAACAAUUAUUAUAUAAUUUAGGUUCCAGUAGUAUUGUUUGGAGAACUUUACAAAAAUCUUGUUGACUCAGUUACAAAAAAUGAUUGUUAAAGCACCGUGUCUAAAAAGCAGAGGCCAGUCCUUGGUGGUGAAGAAGGCUGCAAAAAUUGAAUUAAUUAAUAUGGUUUUGUUGUCAAAACUGUUAUGUCUUUUCUGUUAAACCUUUCUGCUCUAUGAGGCUGGAAGUGCCCAGUCUCUGACAAAAAGGGUAUCUCUGAAGUGUCUACAACCAUGUCAGGGUUAAAAAACUUUCCUGUCAUGUAGCUUACUUUCAUAGUACCUCAGUCUCAGAGAAUGAGAAUAGGGUAGCUAAAUCAUUCCAGAAAUUCUUAAAGUUAGUUUCUAUUUUCAAAACUUCUACAGCUUUAAUGUCCUAUUAUAUUGGGGCCUUUCAGAGCUGAGUCAAAUGCUUAUCCCUCUUCUGCAAUACCUACAAUUCUCCUCCAUAUGUCAUGAAUCAUUUAUGAAACAUUUAAGGUUUAUGUCAGACCUUACAUCUGUCUUUAGCCUCAAAGUAAAGGUGUCAGAGGGAGUAUAUAUUAUAUAUAUAUACUGACCAGUAUAAUUUUGGAAGAAACUUUAAAUGAAGAGGAAACUAACAGACAUUUUGAAUGCGUUCCAUGCAUUUUUAAACAUUUUUUUAUUCCCCUGAAUGGCAGCUGUUUGAAGCACACAGGGUAAAUUUUUUCCCCUGUUGACAUCGUUGGUGCAUCUUUUGUAGAUACUAGUGACACUGAUUUCGCUCUCUUCUGAUAAGGUAGUCCAAAUAGAUCUGGACAGAGUACAGGUAGGGUAAUUGGAUAUAUCCUGUGUUCAUUUUUACUGGUCUAUUUGCACCCUCAGCAAGUUUACUGAUGACAUUAAGCUGUGUGGUGUGGCCAGCAUGCUGGAGGAAAGGGAGGCCGUCCAGAGGGACCUUGACAGGCUUGAGAGGUGGGCAUGUGCAAACCACAUGAAGUUCAGCAAGGCCAAGUGUGAGAUCCUGCAUGUGACUCAGAGCAAUCCCAAGUACAAAUACAGGCUGAGUGAAGAAUGGAUUGGGGCAAGCCCUAGGGAAAAGGACUUUGGGGUGUUGGUGGAUGAAAAGCUCAGUUUGAGCUAACCAUGUGCCCUUGCAGUCCUGAAAGCCAACCGUAUCCUGAGUUGCAUCAAAAGAAGUGUGGCCAGCAGGUCAAGAGAUGUGACUCUUCCCUGUCUACUCCACUCUCGUAAGACUCCACCUCGAGUACUGUGUCCAGUUCUGGAGCCCUCAGUGCCGUUGGCUCACGACGUAUGGACUUGUUGGAGUGAUUCCAGAGGAGUGCCACAAAGAUGAUCAGAUGAUUGGAGCACCUCUCCUGUGAAGACAGGCUGAGAGACCUGGGAUUGUUCAGCCUGGAGAAGGGAAGGCCCCAGGGAGACCUUAUGCUUCCAGUACCUGAAGGGACCUACAGGAAAGCUGGGGAGGGACUUUUUACAAGGUAGUGAUAGGACCAGUGGGAAUGUUUUCAAAGUGAAAGAGGGGAGAUUUAGAUUAGAUAUUAAGAAGAAAUUCUUCGGUGUGAGGGUGGUGAGACACUGGAGUGGGUUGCCCAGGGAAGCUGUGGCUGCCCCCUCCCUGGAAGUGUUCAGGGCCAGCUUGGAUGGGGCUUGGAGCAACCUGAUCUAGUCGGAGGUGUCCCUGCCGAUGCAGGAGGGUUGGAACUAGGUGAUCUUGAAGGUACCUUCCAACCCAAACCAUUCUAUUUUCUUCUAUGAUUACUUAUCACACAGACUUAGUUACUGCUUUGGAGGUAUGUGUAUUUUUAGAAUAGUAGGUAAGUAUGCUUGAAAUUAAAUGUCUUUAGAAGAGUUUAUAAUGAGGAAAAAGUGGUUGUUCUAUGUUCCAAAGAGAAAAUUUAGGUCUAAUUUUGAAAUCUAUUUUCAGAAGAAGUACUAUAGCUAUUGUACAACUUACACUUAUCUUUAUGGUACAGUUAUUACUGUUUUAACCUCUUGGGUUUAGUUAGUUAUUAUUCAGUUGGUGUUGUUUCUUAUGACUUGCGCAGGUAACUCCUUUGAGUCAACUGUCAGUGGAACUUAGUUCCUGUUUAGUAUACAUGUUAUGUCAGAAUGAGCAAUACUGUCAGACAUAUAUAACUCAAUAGUGUCAUUUCCUCCCAUGUAUUUCUCUGUUUGUAUAUCAACAAAAAUAUUCUUUCAUACUCUGCAUAUAACAACAGUUGAGCUAAACAAAUAAAUUGGCAGCGACACGGGAUUUCUAGUUCUCAUAGAAGUUUGAACAGACACAAUUUUUACACAACACGGUGCCAGAUUGGUGAUCCAGGGAUCCUGUCACGAUAGGUGCACUCCUGCUUCCUUUUCCUAUUGAUAUCUCACUGAGUCUGAUUAUGCCACCAGUUUUUCUUCCGUCCUUCUGACCCCAAACCUUUUGAAAUAAUGUGUUCUGAGUUUUAUGGAAAGUUCUCUAGUUUCAGGAAUCUGAUGAUAUAUAAUAUUGUAUUUGAAAAAAAUGUAACUGUGUGCCAGAAUUUGUUGGUAAUUCCCCCUUCAGGCUUUGAUAUGAGAAAAAAUUUCUGUUGGCCUGAAAAAGAAAGUUAAAUACAGUUAGAGUGGGAGUUUUGCUGUGCUAGUUGUGGUGUGUUAUGUAUUGUUGGUAAUAAUUACCAUGCUUACUGAGGAAUUGUUAGCUUCUCUGUGAGGCUUUUUUUCCCUCCUAAUGUUAGACCAUAAGCAGAAGCUGCUUAUUAUUAUUUCCAAGCCAAAAGUUACUUUUUUUUCCCACCAGCAGUCAUAGAGUGAAGGCAGAAGCAUGAAGUUGAAACAUAGAAGUGCAACUUUCCUGUCUCACUGAAAUUGAUCAGAGUAGCAUAAAGUUGAUAGACUGUAGAAGGAAAUCAUAUACAAGAAAGUGACCUUCAAGAUUCUGGUCUAAUAGGGUUUCCUUAAUAUGUGGACUAGAGGGUUUCUUAGAAUGGGUACAGAAGAGAGGAAAGACAGAUGUGGAUUUGAAGUGAAGGAACCUAUGUGAGAAAAAAAAAGGCAAGAAAAGCAUUCUUACUUCUUUGUCUAACUAUACUGCUUACUGUCUUAGUCUUGGGUUGAAAGGGACCUUAAAGAUCAUCUAGUUCCAACCCAGCCUUCUCUAGCCUGUGCUCUGGGUAGCUGCCUUUCAUCAAGUGUUCACUGCAAUUUUGUGUUAUUAGCUUUAUUUAUUCCCUUCUGUAAGGGGAUUCAGAGAACAUUCAUAAAUAUCAAUAACUUAGUCAACUGUGACUCAAUGGAACGAGUGACACCAGAGCUCAUCUCUGACACCAUCACACUGGGAAUCGGAAUAUGGGCUGCACUGAAAACACUGAGCUAGUUUUGUUAGGACUGCGGCAGUGUAAAUAUCAACACAUAUAGAUUAUGCCUGUUGUAUAAAACAGGAAACAACAGUUUAAAUUGCUCUGCUAUCUUUGGAAAUGCUGUGCUUAGGUGGAGGGGAACAGCAGUGCUAAAGGUCUACAGAUCUUUUGGUGCCAUGCUGUCUGGAUGCGGAGCCUCCUUAGAGAGUGCCUUUGAGUGAUACAGAAGCAUGGUCAGCCCAGUAAAUAAGCAGAAACCUUGGCUUGUUUGUGUCACAUAGGCAUGCCAUGCCUAAGAGUGUAGGGUUACUGUACAUUUUGUGAGCCUGGUGAGGCUGCCCUCUUACAUACAUGAAUUUUGAGAUUAAAUAUGUUGAUAUUUCAAAUGUAUUCAUGUCCUCUUUGUGCCAGAAGAUACAAGAAGCACUAGGCACAGAAACCAAUUCUGGAUAUGAGCCCUCUGAAAAUCCUUGAUUAUUGAAGCCUUUUUAACAGAAUGGUGCCCCCCGUCUCAAAAUUGAGGGAGCCAGUCAUGCAGCUAGCCUUUGGACUCUUGUGAAAGAUCAAAACUGUACUGUAAGAGCUGCUCUGAUCUCAGAUAUGGUUUCUAAAUAUGCUUCAGGUAAUUAAUGAGGUCAUUGUUUGGUGAAGGCAAUCAUGAUUUUUAGAAAAGUGUUGAGAAGCUUGCAUGUCAUGUAUGGCAUUUGGAAAAUUUAAGUCAUGGUAACCAUUCAGGAGUUAGCUGUAUCAGAUCCAGCUGUAUUUUAAUCAAAGGUUGGUUUAUUUGUUAACGGCAGAGGCCCAGCAGGCUCUGUGUUUACUUUCUGAGAAUACUUCAGUUUUUGUUUGUGAUGAUGACACAUCCUCUAAAAGGAUGUAAAUGUAUAAUGUGCUGCCAUUUGAUAAUUAUCUUUGCCCUCUGGUUUAAUUAUCCAUCUGAUCCUUCAGUCCUUCUGAUCUACAUUCUGCUGGAGGGUUUUCAAUUUGAGUAAAGUUUAUCCAGGUUUGAGGCAUGCUGGUGAUAAAGCUGGGCCUCUUUGUUAAGUAAUACGCAUAUGAAAGAUCACUGCAUUUAAAUACAGUGAUAAGGCUGACUCAGAAUCUUACCCAGCUUUGGGCAAAUUGCAGUGCUCACUUUAACAAAGCCUUCAUUUUGUAGGUGUUCUUUAAUUUCUACUCUACCUUCCCUAUGCAGAGGGCAGGCUCCACAAAGGAGCAAAUGGGAGAUGCUCAAGGAAAUCUACUAGUGAUGUUGCAUUUCCAAACAAAAGAGGAAGAGCAGCAACACAGGUGAUGCAGGGCAGCACGGACCAUUAAGAACGUGACUAGUGAACCUACACUAAGUGUUCUAAGUUUUAAAAAUAAUUCAGAAACCUAUAUCCUUCCAUCAUCAUUGCAAUACAAUUACUCCAGUUACAAUUUUUUUAAUGACUCUCUGCAUAUUUAGGCUCAUUUUGCAACUGUCUGGCAAGUCUGGACAAUGAUUGUGGUUUAUGCUUUACAUAAAGGUUACAUUUUGAAUGAUUUCCUGAAGUGGUCCAACAAAAGUAAUUACUAACUUGCAAGUUCAUCCUCUGUUUUUUUUUCUUUGAGGAGGGAAUUCUUUUACUUCUUUGCAUUACUGAUUAUUACCUUAGUUCUUGGCAAAAAAUAGUGCUGUAAGAAACUUUUGCUCCAAGCAAGUUAAAAAAUAGUCUCAAAGAAAAAAUAUUAAGUACUAAUAGGAGCCAGUUUGUGUGUCCUAACACUUGUUGGGAGUAGGAAAGAAAUCCCAAAUUUGCAUUUGUUUACACUAAAAUGAUUAUUGCUUAGUCAGUCCACCAUCCUCUCCCCAAUAAGCACCCCCAUCUAUAGAGAGAACCAACCGAGGCUGGUAAGUUUGUUGUUUUAGAAAUUAAGAUCUGGGGAAAUAAAACAAACAAACAAACAAAAACAAAACAACCAAGCUUCUUUCCUAUUACUUGUGCUCCAAGACUGCAGGGGCUCAGGGGAAUGUUAGCUGCCCCAUGGAAUGCUUUCUAGGGGCUACAGCUGGUGCCAGCCCACGGUGUUUAGAUUUGAAGAAGACGAGUGUCCAGCCUGCUGGAGGAUGAAAUGCAUUUGCCUUUCUGUGUGCUGGAUAUGAUCUAUCCUUCAAGAGGGAAGUUUCAACCCCUUAUCUGUUACACUUCUAGGCAUGUGAGGGUAGCAUGUGUGAAUUUCCUGGAAGAGAUUCUGUAGCAUUUUUCUCUCAUACAAACUUUCUUCACUCUUUUUAUGACUUAAAUUAAAUCUCUGAAGAGCCA